AUGUCUCCACAGACAUCCUUCGGCCCUCGCUUCCGUCUCCUCGUCCUUCUCAUCGCUUCCCUCUUUGCACUCCGCUUCUCUCUCACCACUCUCUUCUCCGACCCGCCCGCCACCACCCUAGACUCCGACAACACAAAACCAACAUCCGAUGGUAAAGAAGAAGAUGACGAACUCCCCCGGCCCCCGCGCUUCCCCGACGUGCCCGAGGCCUCCAUUCCGACCGUGUGGGACGACACCGUGCCGCUCAUCUACACCACCGCGCCCGGCGUCAAGCCCGGCCACGUGUGGCUCUUCGGCCAGGGCGUGCUCGUGAACGAGUCCGACCCACAGCCGCUGCAGUGCGUGCUGGGCGGAGUCGCGCGGCCGAUGGUGCGGUCGAAGCGGUUCUGGUACACCAAAUUCACCACGGCCUUCCUGUGCGAGUUGCCCGCGCCGCCGGGGCGGCUCGAGGCCGGAGCCCUGCUCACCAUCCUCCACCGCGGCGUGCCGGUGCCCUCCACCGCGCGCUACCGCCCCGAGCUCUUCGUCGACGCUGUCGAGGCCCGGCCGCGCUACGGCACGUGCAUGGUGACGCAGAUGCGGGACAUGGCCUACAUGGUCGACGAGUGGAUGGCCUACCACCGCCACAUCGGCAUCGACCACUUCUACAUCUACGACAACAACUCCACCGACCACCUCGCCGCCCUCUACGGCCGCGGCUACGGCGACGUGGAGGUAAUCCCAUGGCCCUGGCGGCGGUCUCAGAACCAGGCCUACUCGCAUGCGCUGGCCUUUGCCCGGUCGCGCUGCCAUUGGAUCUUCUUCGCCGACGUCGAUUACUUCCUCCUUCCCCUCACUUCGCCGCCCACAGUCCAAGGCAUCGUCGCCCAUGUGCUUGGUCAGUCCAAGUGCUCGGUGUCGUCGGUGGUGGAGCUGCGCUUCGAGGGCCUGCGCCCGAGCCACGACAACCUGGUCACCUGCCCCGCCGCGCCGGUGAUCGAGACCUACGUGCACCGUAACGCUGACGAGGCCCGUGCCUAUGACCAAGGCUUCGGGUUGGUCAUGUCAUCGGCCGCCGACGCCCUCCACCACGUCCACUUUGCCGAGCUCCAGUCACCAACCCACCACAAGUCGGUGAAGGUGGCGCAUGACGUGGCAUUCGGGUACCACUUCAGCGACCGGUGCUGGCCACAGUACUAUCGGCAGAAGUGCUUCGGAAGGGGCAGCAUUCGCGACUGGGACAUCCCCAACGACGUCGACGAGACCCACCCAACGCAGGAGUGGUGGGACAUCGGCAAGGGGCAAGUGGUGGCCGACACGCGGUUGCGCGACUUCAAGCGGACACUGGUCGGCCCCGCGCCCGCGCCCGUGAUCAGACGCGCGCCAUUCGACUACACCUGCGACCCAGACCCCGUGGGUUUAAAGAAAUUCCUAUAUCGCACCUCGUACGGUAUGAUAUAA